AUGGAUCGUACGCUGUCCGGUCGACUGGUCGCCGCCGACGGUGGAUUGGAUCUUAAAACGCAAGAAGCAGCGUUGCGAUCCGGUCCAGAUGUGGUCGUUGCAACUCCGGGAAGACUUAUCGACCAUCUACACAACUCGCCAUCGUUUUCCCUUAACAACAUCGAGAUAUUAGUUUUGGAUGAGGCCGAUCGUAUGCUUGAAGAAGCAUUCAAAGACCAAAUGAAUGAGCUGAUCCGGCUCUGUGCACCAAAUCGGCAGACGUUGCUCUUUUCUGCAACGAUGACAGAUCAAAUUGACGAGUUGGCGUCGAUGUCACUAAAGAAGCCAGUAAAGAUUUUCAUCAAUGAGAACACCGAGACUGCGUUGAAGUUGAGGCAGGAAUUCAUUCGUAUACGCGCAGGACGUGAAACUGAUCGUGAGGCGAUUGUUUCGGGACUCGUUACUAGGACAUUUCAGGAAAACACCAUUAUUUUCGUACGAAUGAAGAAAGACUGUCAGCGAAUGCAUAUAUUGCUCGGAUUACUUGGUUUGAAAGUCGGUUUGAUGAGCGGUAUCGUUGCCACUCUCAGAUUAAAUGAAGUAGAGGAAAUUUUACAGGCUGGUCAAAUGCAUUCCUCACUUUCCCAAGCGCAAAGAAUUGAGGCUUUGUCGAAAUUCAAGCGUCGAGAGAUUGAUGUACUCGUGUCAACGGAUUUAGCCUCACGAGGUCUCGAUAUUGAAGGAGUGCAAACGAUUAUAAAUAUGCAUAUGCCUCGGACAAUCAAGCAAUACAUCCACAGAGUUGGGCGAACGGCUCAUGAUAGGAAGCUACUGAAGGAAAUCAUUCGCACCAAUCCUGAUCGGACACUCAAACAGCGCAUAGUAGCUCCCGAAGUAGUAGAAGCAUAUCGGCAACGAAUCGACUCACUUGAAGAGUCGAUUCGGCAAAUUGAUUUGGAAGAAAAAGAGGAGAAAGAGUUGCGGCUGGCUGAAUUAGCAAUGCGAAAGACGGAGGAGAAACUGGAGACAGGAACAACGGAACGCGAAGGACGUGUGUGGUUUAAGAAAGCCACAGAAGGAGGUUUCUCACAAGCAUCGUUUUUUUUUUUCUUUUCAAACUUGAAAAUAGUGUUGUGUGAAGGUUAA